AUGACAGUAUUCACGAUUGCUUGCUUUCCAGAAUAUGCGGAAUUUUUACACAAGAAGGGUACCUAUUUCACUGAUUUUGACGCGGUUCGUAAGGAGAUCGAAGAUGAAACCGAUAGAGUAACUGGUCAGAAUAAGGGGAUAUCUCCUCAUCCGAUCAACUUGCGAGUUUUCAGUCCUAAUGUGCUGAACCUCACACUUAUCGAUCUCCCUGGUUUGACUAAAGUUCCAGUGGGUGAUCAGCCGCCCGACAUCGAACACCAGAUUCGUGAAAUGAUUCUAACAUUCAUUAGUAGAGAAACUUGCCUGAUUCUGGCAGUGACACCAGCCAACAGUGAUCUUGCCACAUCAGAUGCAUUGAAACUUGCCAAGGAAGUCGAUCCGCAAGGCUUGCGCACUAUUGGUGUAUUGACAAAGUUAGAUCUUAUGGAUGAAGGCACUGAUGCACGUGAUAUUUUAGAAAAUCGACUGUUUCCUUUGAGAAGAGGUUACGUUGGAGUUGUUAACCGUGGGCAAAAAGAUAUCGUUGGAAAAAAGGACAUUCGUUCGGCUUUAGAUGCCGAGAGAAAGUUUUUCUUAUCACAUCCAUCGUACAGACAUAUGGCUGACCGACUUGGUACGACUUAUCUACAGCAUACCCUUAAUCAACAGCUGACCAAUCACAUAAGAGAUACCCUGCCAACUCUGCGUGACAGUUUGCAAAAGAAACUUUUUGCACUAGAAAAGGAUGUUGCUGAGUACAAAAAUUACCAACCGAAUGAUCCAGGACGAAAAACGAAGGCGUUAUUGCAAAUGGUCCAACAAUUCACUAUGGAUAUUGAAAGAUCAAUUGAAGGGUCAUCCGCAAAAUUAGUUUCCACAAAUGAGCUAAGUGGUGGAGCUAGGAUCAACAGACUUUUCCAUGAACGAUUCCCGUUCGAAAUUGUAAAAAUGGAGAUCGAUGAGAAAGAGAUGAGAAAGGAGAUCCAGUUCGCCAUUAGGAAUAUUCAUGGUAUCAGGGUCGGCCUCUUUACACCUGAUAUGGCUUUCGAAGCCAUUGCCAAAAAACAGAUCGCUCGUUUGAAGGAGCCAUCUUUGAAAUGCGUCGAUCUCGUUGUCAAUGAGCUCGCCAAUGUUAUUAGACAAUGUGCAGAAUGUCUAGCACGUUAUCCUCGUCUGCGUGACGAAAUUGAGCGAAUAGUUGUUACUAGAGUUCGCGAAAAGGAACAAUAUGCCAAGAGUCAAAUAUCACUUAUUGUCGACUAUGAACUUGCUUAUAUGAAUACGAACCAUGAGGAUUUCAUUGGGUUUAGCAAUGCCGAAGCAAAAGCAUCUCAAGGACAAACAACCAAGAAGAACCUUGGUGUGCAAGUUAUCCGCAAAGGAUGGUUAUCCAUCAACAACAUCUCUUUCAUCAAGGGCUCGAAAGAUUGCUGGUUUGUUCUGAUGUCUGACAGUUUGAGUUGGUUCAAGGACGAUGAGGAGAAGGAAAAGAAGUACAUGCUUCCCUUGGAUGGUAUCAAAUUGCGCGACAUCGAAAGCGGUUUCAUGUCUCGCCAGCAUAAAUUUGCUCUCUUCUAUCCAGAUGGAAAGUAA